CUGCGUAAUAUCCAGCGGCCCGUAUUUUUGUACUGUGACAAUGAGUUAAUGCGUCUCUAUCACAUCAUUUUUAUCAUAAAUGAAAGUGGUGGAAAUGGGUUUUAUUUUCUCAUGCUCAGUUGAUCGUUUCUCCUUCAAUUCUUUAUGCCAUCUUUAAUUUUCCAUUUCUCGUUCUGGAUUCUCAAUUGCUCCCGUUUUUGGAUCUAGAAGGCCAAAUUUUCGAGUGGCUCUAAUCUCAUAGGGAUUUCUUCGAAAUGCCUGCGAAAUCUGUGCAAUCUUCUUAUCGGGAUCGCUCACAGGAGUUCCUCACCGUAGCAGAGAGCCUUAAGAAAUCUAUUUCUUUGGCUUCAAAUGGACAGAGCAGUAGCUCGAAACCAGAGGGAUUGCGAUCUGCGGCUUCCAUCCAGUCGGAGUUUAACAAGAGGGCUUCGAAGAUCGGAUAUGGGAUCCAUCAGACCUCACAGAAACUUUCCAAGCUUGCAAAAUUAGCAAAGAGGACAUCGGUUUUUGAUGAUCCAACCCUGGAAAUCCAAGAGCUGACUGCAGUUAUCAAGCAGGAUAUUACAGCACUCAACUCAGCUGUAGUGGACCUGCAGCUCCACUGCAACUCCAAAAGUGAAAAUGGGAACAUCUCUGCUGACACCACAAGCCACUCAACCACAGUUGUGGAUCAACUGAAGAACCGGUUGAUGAGUACCACAAAAGAAUUCAAGGAAGUCCUAACCAUGCGGACUGAGAAUAUGAAGGUUCAUGAGAAUAGGAGGCAAUUGUUUUCUUCCACUGCUUCUAGGGAUACCACAAAUCCUUUUGUUCGGCAGCGUCCAUUGGCUUCCAAGACAGGUGCUAGUACCUCAACGACACCACCCCCUCCAUGGGCAAAUGGAUCAGCAUCUCCAUCACAAAUGUUUUCCAGGAAGUCAACGGAUGGGGAUACACAACCAUUGCUACAGCAGCAACAUCAACAACAACAUCAGCAGUUAGUUCCAUUACAAGACAGUUACAUGCAAAGCAGAGCAGAAGCCCUUCAAAACGUGGAGUCAACCAUUCAUGAGCUGAGCAACAUUUUCACACAACUGGCUACUAUGGUUUCUCAACAAGGAGAACUUGCCAUCAGGAUUGAUGAGAACAUGGACGACACAUUGGCAAACGUCGAGGGGGCACAGGGGCAGCUGCUGAAGUAUCUUAAUAGCAUCUCAUCUAACCGCUGGCUGAUGAUCAAGAUAUUCUUUGUAUUGGUUGUAUUCCUCAUGAUUUUCCUAUUUUUUGUAGCUUAGAAAUAUACUGUAAAUAAUCAAAACUAGAAAUAGAAGGAAAAACGUCAAUGCUCUUCCAAAUGUGAUAAGUGAGUGCAUUUUUAAUAUGAUUUGUGUUGGAAAAUGACAUUUUUCGGUUAUUUAUGUAUGGACUAUGUACAAUAGAAGCAGAAUUAGUGAAUUCAAUUUUAUUUAUGUUA